AUUUGCUACAAAUUUAUAUUCAAUUCACCAAUUUCGUAUUGAACCCAAAGUUUGGUGACCAUUACGUAAAAUACUUUUCCAUUUAUGUACAGCCGACUAAAAACUAAAAACAAAAACCAGGAGAAAAGUAAACGCAAGGAAAGCGGGGGAAAGGAAAGGAAAGCAAAAGGCGCCUGGCUGGGUUUGAGUAUUGACGCCGCCACAACCAGUUUCUUUGCCGCGUCUUCAACCCAUCAAUACAGGGGGGAAAAAGAAGAGUUAUGCAUAGAUCUUCGAGCACCUCCCGGUUCUCCGACGAGGACCGUCCAAGCUACUCCAUCCCCAAAUCAAAAUCCACCACAUUUCACGAUCUCCCAACCUACGAUCCCCUCUCCCACGUGGCCAAGAAGGAGAUCUCCCGUCUCAGAUCCGCAGAGAACGCCGUCCACUUCAUCCCUCUCGUCCUUCUCCUCUCCGCCAUCGUUCUCUGGUUCUUCUCCAGCACAGGAUAUAAGCUUAGUCCGAAUCUAGAAUUUGAGAAACUGAACUUUGCCGUCCCUGCAUACAAAUUGGCAUCAGCGAUUCCAUGGCGACUCACCAGUGACCUCAGAGAUUUCGAGCUGCAAUGUUACCCCAGAAGUCUGCCAUUGAACAUGUGAGGCAAAACGAAAAGGGUUCAUCACAAUGUAUGUUUCUGCAGCGGAAGCACUUGAGAGUUUUGCAACUGUAAGCUACUGGUUUUGCGAAUCAUUGUUCCAUUGUCUAAGUUGAAUGAGAGAAUGAAUUUAUGCUCUGUAGCCAACAUUGGAUGUAUCCCUUGUUUCUUCUAAUUAGGUUGUCGUCUUUCAGCUGUACCAAUUUGCAAGCUUUUCCUCUUUCACCAAACUUGUCUUCUUGUUCCAUUAUCAGUCUCCGUCAUUACUGGGCUCUUGAUCAGCUAUUCACUUGGCACUUACUAAAGGCUCACAUUCAAAAUCGGUGUGUUCAAGCAUCGGUCCAAGCCUCACAAGCUUAGGAAUCACAACGCGAUUCCUCACACCACAAACCACAGGGUUCUCCCACUGCAACAACGAUCCAACCACAUUCGCCCGGAUUGUCAACGGAAAGACACGAGGCCACCUCUCUUCCCCAUAUGAUCUGAAAGCCUCGUCUAUCGCUGUGGAAGAUGGUCCGGACUCAAUCGCAGCAGCAAGCUUUCUCGCCAGAACUACAGAGUCCUCCAAUGCACAGCAAGCGCCUUGCCCCAGAUUAGGCGUCAUUGGGUGCCAAGCAUCUCCAACAAGAACCACGCUUCCUCGAGAAGGUCCGGGGCUUAUGCCAGGCCAAUUCCAACGAUCGACUAGGGGAGUCUUGCUUAAAGUUUCAUCGGGGGUUAUAUCGAUCAAGUUGAGGAGGUCUGAGGGCCAGUUCUUGACAAGGUCUUUGGCUUGUUGCUUUAGGAUGGAGGGAUCAGUGACUCGUGGACCUGUGAUGCAAGAGUUGCAGAAAUAUUUACUUCAAACUUUGUGGUAACCGUAACUGAACUGAAGCUCGGAUAAGGAGUAGCUCAUUCAAAACCGAUAGGGUUGGAGCAAAAUGUGGACUGACCUAGAGAAGGGCUGUUGAAGCAGACGAACCAGUAGACUUUGGUGGGCGAAACCGGGACAUAUCCAGCACGUAUUCCUCUUCCAUACACAUAGUUCACCCUCGGCUCGAAUGGCUGCCCACCAUCGUAGACUCCCAGUCCGCGGAAUGAACAAUGUCCAACGUAUUUGGGGUCGGAGAAGCCCAUCCAUUUGGCCACCGGAGAUCGAAUGCCAUCGCACGCAACAACGAUCUUGGCAAGUAUCUGUGUCCCAUCUGUGAGUUGCAGAAGAGUUGCGCCGUUCUCUGAUGUCUCGAUGUUGGCUAGUUUUGACGAGAAGCGAACCGAUUCAGUUGGAAGUUGGUUAGCUAGAGUUUCCAGGAGGAUUCUCCUCUCCACAGCGCGCACUUCUUGGCUGUGCUAUCAGCAAAAGUGGAAGCUAGAAGUUAAUUCUGCAAAUGACGAUUCAGAUCAUUGCCAGGAGAGUAAGCAAAAAAGAACCCAGAAUGAUUGAUCUACCUUUGAUCUUCAUCUUUGAACCUGAAAGAGCGAAGCUGCUGCCCAUCCUCUGAUUUCACCACCAUCCUGUACAGCUGAUCGACACCAGAAAUUUAGGAAAUGUGAAAGGAAAUUGAAGGUUCUACAGAGUUUUACUUUCAUACCCUUGGAUUUCGAGGAACUGGGGUCGGAGUUCACCGGCGACUCCAAUGGCGUCCAAAACCCUCCAUCCAUUCUUGAACAGGGUAAGCGAGGUUCCGCCAGUUCUCAAGGAAUCCGCCUGCUCAAGCACCACCGACCCAAUUCCCAGCCUGAAGUGAAAACCAAUCAAGCUGCCAACUUCACAUAUUUCCCAGAGACAAAUUCACAAGAAAGAAAAAAACAAAGUGCAUUUGUAUUACCUCUUGAGUGAAACUGCAGUGGCAAGUCCGGCGAUUCCGGCGCCGACUAUCACAAUCUCUUCUUCACGAACAUCUGCCCCGGAUUUCUUUGCUCUGGUGAUUGAGACUCUGUUUCGGGUUGGAAGAAUUGGGGAUUGGGUACCUGAGAAGGGUUUGUUUGGAGGAAUUGAUCGAGGGGAAAUGGGAGAGAGGAGCGAGAAUUGACCGGCGGCAGCCAUUGCCUGGAAAGAAUAAAGGAAGGCGAGAGGAAAACGAGUGGAGGAGAUGAGUGUUCACUCAAUUAGAAUCCUAAAGUUCGAUUUUUUUUUAUUGUUCGAGCAAUUCUCCCUUUUCUUAACCAAUCAAACAAACUGACAUCACAACUUAGCAUUUCAAGCGGAUUGUAAUUUUUUUUUGGUUCGAAUUACAUGCUACCACGACACGUAAGUCCAAGAUAAGGUCUUGGGCAGCGGGAGCUCUGCACCGUGGCUAUUUAAAUCACCGCCAAAAAGGAAGAGCUUCAUUUAAUCAAAUCAUCAAUGGAGCUUUCAAGAUCCCCAAUCAUUGACUUCUCCCAUCUACACAGUCCCAACCCUGAAACCAGAGCCAAAGCCAUCGACCAAAUUGCCACCGCCUGCCGAACCUUCGGUUUCUUCAACGUCUUCUUCUCCGUCCUCUGUUUUCCCUCCCUUCCCCUGCCAUUUCCUUCUCCUCCUGCUUUCUCACUGUAAUUUUCUUUCGGCAGGUGAUUAACCAUGGCAUCAGCGACGAAACCAUACGAGACGCCGUGGACGCGAACAGGAGGUUCGAAGAAGCUCCACCGGAAGUGAAGGAGGCGCUGAAAUCCGGCGACGUUUACCAGCCGGUGAGAUUUGGUACGGUGCUGGAUAGCAGGGGAGGCCAUGGAAGUGGUUGUGGGACGUUCGUCAGGGAUUUCCUCAAGCUUUAUAGCUUCCCCUUGGAAGAUUGGAUCGAGUUUUGGCCGUCGUAUCCCCCAGAUUAUAGGUCAAAGAUGGGGAAGUACAGCAAGGAAACAAGGAACCUCAGCAUUUCACUUCUCAAACCGAUGCUGGAAAGCCUCCACAUAACUGAUCCAUCGCCACUGCUCCACAAAGUCACUUCUGAAGGAAUGCACAUGAUGGCUGUCAACCAUUACCACACUGGGCUGCAGCAGCAGCUGCUCUCCAAUUCUGCAGCCCAAAUUGGGAUCCCUCCGCACACAGACCACACCUUGAUCACUGUCCUGCUUCAGACCAGCCCCGGCCUCCACGUUUUGGAUCCCACCGAUGGCAAUUGGAAAGAUGCCGCUGCCCCAUCAGAAAUUAUACAAGGUGGUGCGCAGAAUACAUUGCAGGUUCUUGUUGGGGAUCAGCUUGAGGUAUUGAGCAAUGGGAGGUACAGAGGAGCUGUGCAUCGUGUAUCUCAAUGCUCACCUGACAAUUGCAGCAGGAUUUCCGUGGCGAGUUUGCUUAGCUUUGGCAUGGAUGAAGUGGUGGAACCAGCUGCAGAAAUGGACGGUGAUGAGUUGUUGAAGCCGUUUUAUAAGGGCAGAAGUUUGAGGGACCUGCUUGACCACCUUGCCUCUGGAGAGAAACUGCCCUUCAUUGAGACUCUCAGGAUCAUGGGUUGAUCGAUGUUGGAGGUGUAUUGUGGUAACAUUAGAAUGGUUCUACUGAGGGUAUCUCGGUUGAGUUAGCAUCUUUGGUAUACAAGAAUAAUGUCACCUAAAGUGUCUGAUCAAUACCCAACCCGAUAUAAUGAGUGCUUGUUAUGAGAAGAAGUUAAUAGGAGUUGAGUUUAUAGUUCGAGUUAUCAAACUUUAUAAAGUUGUGUAGAGCAUGUUGAUAUGAAAUUCAACAAGUGGUAUCAAAG